UCCUAGUAAGAGCCAGGGCUCAGAGAAGCUUUUGCUCUACCUACUAUUCCCCAAAAGGCACCUCGGUUUGGGGAAACACCUAGUCCAACAUGGAGCCUCUAACGUCAAGGAACCAUAAUUCUGUAAUUAUGGGCACCAAUUAAAGGAAUUUCUGACAGAUUUUUUUUUUUAAGGAGCAAAAAUUUUUCUACCUUGUUUGGAAUAACAUAUUUUUCAAGAACUUUCAUUCUUUUUUAUCCCUUUUUUUUCAGUGUGAUACACUUUUAUUUUUCACUGGAAGAGCGAAGUACUAUUUAAAUUCUGGCUUUCCCCAGACUCCAGGGUUCUGAUGGAAGGUUCACUCCAGAAGGCCUUCUUUUAGACAUAUCAAUCCAGGAUCUAACGCAUACGUUUGGUCCUAUAACAACAUCCCUCUGAUUUCCCUGACUCACAAUAGGAGAAACAAAAUGACUGUCCAUAGAGACCCUAACUUCCUCUGGCAGUCGCACCAUCCACGAUGGCAUGCAGAACCUUACACAGAAUGGAGGAAAGAACAGAAAAGAACAACUCAACAUGACACAGAGGACCCACCCACUAGGACACAUGCAUCUACGUCUUCAAACUGUUUAUUGCACAGGCAUAGGUGGAGGGGGAAUUGGUUUCUCCUGCCUCUGCUCAUAGUCUAUUAUUUGCCCUGUGGGGCUUGGGGUGCCACUUUCAAGAUUGCCCUGGUGGGACCCUGGACGUGUGACCCCAUGUACUCCAAAGCCCUUCCUGACCUGGCUGCCCGAUUGGCUAUGGCCCGCAUCAACAAAGACCCCUACCUCAGUAAAGGAUACUGGUAUGAUUACACUUUAAUCAAUGAGGACUGCCAGACUUCCAGGGCUUUGGCCCGCUUCAUUGAGUUGGAAGGGUAUGGCUCUGUUUUUCUUGGGCCAGCCAAUCCUGGCUACUGCACGUCCGCUGCUCUUCUGGUCAAGAACUGGAAUGCAGGCAUCCUGUCCUGGGCAUGCCUGAAAGCCAACAUGGAUGAUGGGACAUACCCAACAUUCCUGCGGCCUCUGCCACUUUCGUCCCGGGUGCUGUUUGCUGUGCUGCGCUUCUUUCACUGGGCACAUGUAGCCAUUGUGUCAGAGGAAAAUGACAUAUGGGAGGCAACUGGACAGGAACUUGCUGCCUCACUGCGUACCCUUGGCCUACCCAUCAGCACUGUGGUUACCAUGGAGAUGGAUGAAGAUGGGCCCCGGAAAGCCCUGGAGAAAAUCCGAGAGGCAGAUCGUGUGAGAGUGGUCAUCAUGUGCAUGCACUCCGUUCUUAUGGGUGGAGAGGCUCAAUACAAGUUACUGACCACAGCAAUGCACAUGCGCAUGAUAGACCGUGGUUAUAUCUUCAUCCCAUAUGACACCCUACUCUAUGCGCUACCAUAUAAAAAUGUGACCUACUCGGUACUUGCCAAUGACACCCAACUGCGCCGGGCACACGACGGAGUCCUCACCAUCACUAUGGACCAAGGAGAGCAAAACUUCUAUGAAGCCUUCAAGGAAGCCCAGGACAGCUACGAGAUCCACAGCAGUGCUGAGCCUGAACAAGUCUCUCCAUUCUUUGGCACCAUCUAUAACAUGCUGUACUACACGGCGAUGGCGACAGAAACGAGUAGGUUGGCUGGAGGAGGCCGACGGGUGACAGGUGAGGCUCUGGCUCAGAACAAGGGAGGCUUCGAGUUCAGUGGCUUCAAUCAACCCAUUUCGGCAGGCAGCGAUGGUGAGGGCAUGCAAGCACGCUAUGUGGUUCUGGACACAGAUGGCACUGGUGUCACCCUCCAGCAGACACAUGUCCUGGAGGCGCCGCACACAUAUGGGAAAUUUGGUGCACUCAAGUACAUGGGGAAGUCCAUCCACUUUGCAGGUGCCUCCCCCAGCACUGACCCCAACUGCUGGUUCAGCAGCUACGUGGCCUGCAGUGGUGGAAUGGAUGGAGUGACCUUCUUUUUCCUUUGCCUCCUUUUCUGUGCUUUAAUUGCUGCAAGUGUUUUCCUCUACCACAUGAAGGCGACCGGACAACUGGGUAUGUUGGGAGGGUUUGGAGGGGGAGGUACUUCAACCCCAUCGAAGAUAGUGCUCACACUGGAUGACCUGGUCUUUAUCAACACACAACUGAGCAAGAGGAAGCUAAAUGAAGACGGUGUGGCGAAGAGUCAGUUAGAUGAGAAAACACCUCGUCACUCCGUCUCAGGACGAAGCUACUUCACAUCCACCCCCGAAAUCUCCAAUGUGGCUGUGUUUGAGGGUGACUGGGUAUGGUUGAAGAAAUGCCAUAAUGGAGAAACAGUCACAGAGAUCAGUGACAGCACACAAUCCAUCUUCAUUAAGCUGAGGGAUAUGCGUCAGGAGAACCUAAACCUGUUCGUGGGCCUGUUUCUGGACUCGGGGAUAUUCGGCAUUGUGACCGAACACUGCACAAGAGGCAGCCUGGAGGACCUACUUAACAACGAAGAAAUGAGACUUGACUGGAUGUUCAAAUCCUCCCUGCUUAUGGACCUGAUCAGGGGAAUGAAGUAUCUGCAUAAUCGGGGUAUCAUUCAUGGUCGUCUGAAGUCUCGAAACUGUGUGGUGGAUGGCCGGUUUGUUCUAAAGGUGACAGAUUAUGGUUUGAACAAAAUCAUGAGCUCCCUAAACAUCACUCAGGAUGACAGCAAACCAGAAGAUCAGCUGUGGACAGCCCCAGAGCUCUUGAGGAGUAUGACGCUGAUGAACAAGGGCACGUACAAGGGCGAUGUCUAUAGCUUUGCCAUCAUCAUGCAGGAGGUCAUCUCUCGCUCUGCUCCCUUCUGCAUGCUGGACAUGCCUGCGAAAGAGAUCAUAGAUAAAGUACGCAAUCCUCCUCCUCUCUGCCGACCCUCUGUAUCAAUGGAUGAGGCUCCACUGGAGGUCAUUCAGAUCAUGAAGCAGGCCUGGAGUGAAGAUCCAGAACUGAGACCCUCGUUUGAGGAGAUCUUCAAACAGUUUAAGACCAUCAGUAAAGGAAAAAAGACCAACAUCAUUGACUCCAUGCUGCGUAUGCUGGAGCAAUACUCCACCAAUCUGGAGGACUUGAUCCGUGAAAGAACGGAGGAGCUGGAAGUGGAGAGACAGAAAACGGAUGCCCUUGUGGCCCAGAUGCUGCCUAAGUCUGUUGCUCUGGCUCUGAAGAAAGGGAAGCCAGUGACACCAGAGCAUUUUGCAGAGGCAACGCUGUACUUCAGUGACAUUGUGGGGUUUACCACCAUCUCAGCCUUGAGCGAGCCCAUUGAGGUGGUGGACCUCCUAAAUGACCUCUAUACCCUGUUUGACUCUAUCAUUGGCAUGCAUGAUGUCUACAAGGUUGAGACCAUUGGUGAUGCGUACAUGGUGGCGUCAGGAGUUCCAACCCGCAACGAGAACCGACACGCGGCCGAGAUGGCAAACAUGUCUCUGGACAUCCUGUCCUGCAUCGGCACAUUCAAAAUGAGACACAUGCCCAGCGUCAAAGUCAAAAUCCGCAUUGGACUCCACUCUGGUCCAGUAGUAGCUGGAGUGGUGGGGUUGACGAUGCCCAGGUAUUGUCUGUUUGGAGACACAGUCAACACAGCAUCUCGAAUGGAAUCCACAGGGCUGCCUUACAGAAUACAUGUCAACCAGAGCACAGUCGACGUCCUCAGAGAGCUCAAACUUGGAUACCAGAUAAAGUCAAGGGGCAAAACGGAACUUAAGGGUAAGGGAGUCGAGGAGACGUUUUGGUUAGUCGGGAAGGACGGGUUCACCAAGCCCCUGCCCAUUCCACCAGAUCUUACCCCUGGGGGGAGUAACCAUGGCAUCAGUUUGGAGGAGAUUCCUAUAGACAGAAGGCAGCGCUUCCUGGACCGGCAAAAGAGGAUGGGAUAAAGAAGGAGGUUUAGGCAAUGAUGCUGAUCUUCCUCCACCAGCUGUGACUGGACCUCUGGCAUUCAGCAACAGAUUCAGGCAUAAUUCAGCAUGGGGUGGGAUGAAAGAAGAUGCCCUGGGGAUUAUUUACUCAUACCCCUACUACUUUCUGAUGUUCCCAAAGCACAAAUUCGGAGGUGGAAUUUUUUUCAAGGAUGUCAAACCGCCUCAGCCUCUCAGUAUGAACCACUGCCAUUCUGCUACAUAUUAAACCAGAACAUAGCCAAUACACUAACCAAUGCCUGACCAGUUGCAUAUCUAAAAAUCCAGUGAAGCUUUGUAGUCAGUGUUUAAAUCAAAUUUUUAAUGAAGAUACACCUGUAGACAAGAGGACAAAGGAAGCCUGAAAGAUUACGACUUGUGGAUCUUUUUACAUUUUGUUUUGUAAACAAAAGCAGAAAAACUAAUAAACCAAAUGCUUGUUUGUAAAGCAUCUGCUUGAUCAUAUGUAAUUCCUGAAGGAUUGAAUUCAAAUAAUGCAUUCAUUCAUUCUUUCAUUCAUUCAUCUUCUGUAACCACUUUAUCCUGGUCAGCAAAAUAUAGGCUUUCUAAAAGAUUAUUUAAAUUGUUUACAUAGAAUCUUACAAGUUAGAGUAGUAUAAAUGGUUAAGGUGAAGCAAAAAGGAACUUUAUCUCAUUUUUCUGGAUUUCUACACAGUACUCUUUGUUCAUUUUGGAGAGAAUUCCUGUAAGUCUUGUGUAAUGACACAUAUCCAGAGUUACGAUUGGCCAAGUUUGCACAUUUGGAUAGCAAAUUUUGUCAAACAGCCAUGAUAAUAGGACAAAAAUUCUCUCAACUCAUUCAGACACUUUAUAUUUAUAGUUUGCUGUGCAAAAUCAACACAGAGAGCUGUUCCACUUCCUUCUUUGCCCAAAAUUAAGAUGAUCAAGUUGUUCAGCCUCACAGAAAAUCACAUUAUCACACACACUUACUAACAUUUUUAUCACCCAACAAUGUGUACAUGAAUUGUGACGUGUAAUCCCAUUUUCUUAUCAUGACAAAGGCUGAAUGUACUGUACAUCCACUCCAUAAUGAGGCACAACAUGCAAGCUGAUAUAUGGAGCUGAGGAAACUUUGCAAAGGGUUCUUGGACUUUAUCACCACUUCACUUUUGUUAUGGACUCCAGCAUCACCUGCCACGUCUCUGCACUGAAUUUUACUGUUCCUUCCGGUUCUGAAGUAGGCCAUGUUUUCUACUAAAGAGUUAUGUUACUGUAGAAUGUAGGUACUGUCAGACUGUAAAUCUGAGAGAUGGCUGUGUAAAUAAAAUUGGUUUUAGCAGGAAAAAAAUGGUUUCUGCUUAUUAUAAGUUUUAAAAAUCCAUCUUAAUCAACAAAGAGACCUUUACAAUCCCCCC